AUGGUCUUGAAGAUUCACGGCGCCAGCCAGUCUACCUGCACCCGCACCGUCGCGGUCGUUGCUACGGAGCUCAACGUCCCAUAUGAGUUAGUUCCUGUCAACUUUGCCACAGCCGAGCACAAGUCGCCCGCGUUCACCGCCGUUCAGCCAUUCGGCCAGCUACCUUACAUCGACGACGAUGGCUUCAAGCUGUACGAGUCCCGCGCCAUCGCCCGCUACCUCGUCAAGAAGUACGGCGGCCAGGGCACGGUGAGCCUGAUCCCCACCGGUCUCAAGGAGGAGGCCCUCUUCGAGCAGGGCGUUUCGAUCGAGACGGCCAACUUCUACCCGUCCGCGAUCGGAUUCGGCCUCGAGAAGGUCUUUAAGCCGAUGCGUGGUGUCACUCCUGACGAGGCCCGUGCAGCGGAGUGUCUCAAGACUCUCGAGGCCAAGCUCGACGUGUACGACGUCCUCCUCGGCAAGCAGAAGUAUGUCGGUGGAAACGAGAUCACCCUUGCGGACAUAUUCCAUCUCCCGUACGGCCAGCUUCUUGUCAAGGUCGGCCGGGAUGAUCUCUUCGAGUCGCGCCCCAAUGUAGCGAGGUGGUGGAAGGAGAUCUCGACCAGGCCGUCUUGGCUCGCUGUCAAGGAUGGUGCUUAA